CUUGAACAAGUGAACCGAACAUCUUCACUGGAUUCUCCCAGAAAGAAUGAGACAGUGGCAAUUUGAUUUCAUCCCAGCCUUUCGAUCUGAGAGCCACAAAAUCCAAUUGGCCCAGAGCACACAGAGCUUGGGUUCCUGCCAACAGAUACAAUCUAUAUAGCCAGCUGCAUCUCUUCCAUAAUAAUAUUAUAUAUAUUCCAAUGAAGACAGCCUGGACAAACACCACUGUGGCAGUGCUCCUCGUUUCUUGCCUUCCAGCAUUGGCUCGAGCUGGUUCCCGCACCCAGCUCCGAGGACGCCACCGAGCCAGGUCUCUCAAGGUUGAUAACACCAGAGGAAUUGACUUUCCAGGCUUUCGCUAUGUGCCAUGGUGUAUGUUAGACGAGAAGGAACAAGCGCAAGCGAGUGACAUUGAAUGGGAAGAAGAUACCUGGAACAUUCCAGGAACUGGAUCCAAUGAAGAAGACUCAUUCUAUGUCAUCACAGAAAGAAGUCUUGCAGCAAAUGAUACAGUAGCUGGGUCUUUGGCUGCCAUGGGAUGGACUGAGGAAAUCUAUGAUUGCUAUGUUAAUCAUUACGUUGGGUAUGAUUGGAGCGAAAUGGAAGAAUAUGACAUGGUUCCAUAUUGGCAGACCCUUGGCUGGAGUGAAAGCAGCUGGAAUGGUGAAACUGCAUACCCGGAAUCGGAAAACAUGGAGUGGAACGAGCUCAAUGCAACACAACAGGCCGCGGCUAUCGCACUCUGCUAUUUUGAGGAGCUUUGGAUGGAAACGAACAUUACUCAAUGGGAGGAAUAUAUCAAUGCCGCAAUCUGCAAUACGGACGUCAAGACGGACGCCCCAACAGAUGGUCCCGUCCCGGCUGAACCCGUCACCGAUGCUCCUGUGUCAACUGAUGCUCCCACAGACCCUCCUCUCACUGAUGCUCCCACAGAUGCUCCAACAGACGCCCCCGUCACCGAUGCACCCAACACUGAUUCUCCCACUGCUUCACCCACAGCUGCCGAAACAGCGGCGGAGACUGCUGCCCAAACCGCUGCCCAGACCGCUGACCAGACCGCUGCCCAGACCGCUGCCGAAACGAUGGCCCAAACGAUUGCGCAGUCUGUCUCCCAAACAGGAGUACAGUCCGCAGUUUCCACAAGCGAAACAGAAGAGGACGGAGAAGGAACUGCAACAGAGGAUGAUAAUGAAGAAGGGGGAACUGAAGCUGUGUACGUGAGCAACCCAAACAACCGUUUCCUUCUUUGGAGCUGGUUGUUUGAAGCGAGUCGAGCUGCUGCUGUUACCCUUGGAUAUGAUGAAGCGACAUGGAAUCAACCAAUGACUGCUGCAGUAGAAGCCAUGGUGUUUGAUGAUUUGAAUGCAGACCAGGUAGAAGCCACAUAUGUUCUUGGACUCGCACCAGGUGAAGUGUGGGAUUGCAACAUCAACCAUUUUAGAUCUUACAACUGGGACGAACUCGACGAAGCAGGAGUCCGCACCCAUUAUGAGGUUCUUGGUUGGACCUUUGAAACAUGGAGUGUAGAGGGCGACGCGCCUGAAACCGAGGGAGCCUCGUUUGCUUCCUUGGAAGAGGGCCAGCAAAAUGCUGCAAGACAGCUUUGCUACCGCGAAGAAACCUGGGAUAAACGUAACUUGAUCGACUGGGUCAUGUGAGUGACGAAUGUCGUCAUUCAACCAGGAGAGCCAGCCUAGGAGCGCACUCAGCGGAGCCAGCAAUUGGACUGGCCGACUUACUCUUCGUCAAGCAUGUAUGUAGGCGGACACUUGAUGUAGAAGGGGGGACUUGGUCCCUAGAAUCCACAGAAAGAAUUCAGUACAACUCAUAGUAAUCCAAAUUUUGACAACAC